GGAUUUCAGCCCCUGGCUGACUUCGACAUUGGGGGUUGUCUAUGGGAGCUACAGCUCAUGGGCGCAUGCAAUUCUCAUAGAUACAAGAGCCAUCAUGUGGUUGUCAUCACUGAUCCCAGGCGGCAGGAAUUGGGUCAUGAACUACAAGAAGAGCUCCAGAGAUUUCCAGAAUACUGGGUCACACGGGAAAGUCCUCAACCUUUCCACAACAUUGUGGAGUGUGGAACAGAAGAGGUUAGCCACGUGCAGGAGAUCUUGGAUCGAACAUUGUUCAGUCCUGGUGAGGAACCGCACCGGAUGAAGAUUCAGAAGCUGCUGCGAUUGGAGGAUUCCAGAAUGUGGCAGUCUUAUGAAAGGAGUGUGGCAUGCCUAUCUGAAGCUCGUGCACAAGAGGAUGAGCCAGCAGAUGUAAUUCGGACUCCACAUUCUGGCACUCUCUGUCCUAAGCCGCUGACAGUGAGAGUGGCCCCAGAUAGUUUCAUGGAGCGCUUACGCCUCGAAUGCAACGAGGCAUAUUUGUGGCAUGGCACGGAUCGCAAAUCAGCGGAAAAUAUCAUAGGACACCAUUUCGAUAUGAAGCGUGCUGGGACUGUGAAUGCCAAAGCUCUUGGCAGAGGCGCAUAUUUUGCGGAAACCUCUUUCCUUGCGGACAAGUAUUCCCCCGCUGGGGAUGAUGGGCUUCAUGCCAUUCUUUUAGUCCGUGCUGCCCUUGGUCGAGUCUACGUUGAGACGAGGUACACCAAGUGGCGGGGAGGACGAUUGAAGCGCAUGGUUUCAGCAAAGCAUGUGGUCCGAGAAGGCAAAUACGACAGUGUCCUUGGCGACAGGAAGUUUGCCUUCAACCGCGAUGCGCGGGAGUAUUGUGUUUCAAACACUGGGCAACUAUAUCCUGAAUAUUUGUUGCUGUACACUCGAGAUGACGAGUCGCCCAAUCUGCCGGGGCAGAUGAGCAGCAGUAAGUGAAGAUCUCUUCCCCAGAGCCUUAUGAAGUGAGCUCUGACCCAGGAUGGCAAAUUUGAAGCACUAGGACAUCACUAAA